AUGGCUACGUUCGUGGAGCCACCGAACGGAAUCAGGUCAUUGGGGAAGCAUUAUUACACAAUGUGGCAAACUCUGUUUGAAAUUGAUAUUAAGUAUGUCCCAAUCAAACCGAUUGGGCGAGGAGCUUAUGGUGUGGUGUGUUCUUCGAUCAACCGAGAGACCAAUGAAAAAGUGGCGAUCAAGAAGAUUCAUAAUGUGUUUGAGAAUCGCACGGACGCCAUGAGAACGCUGAGGGAGCUUAAGCUUCUGAGACAUAUUAGGCACGACAACGUUAUUGCUUUGAAGGAUGUAAUGAUGCCGAUCCAUAGAAAAAACUUUAAGGAUGUGUAUUUGGUUUAUGAGCUCAUGGAUACGGAUCUUCAUCAGAUUAUCAAGUCUUCUCAGCCCCUUUCCAAUGAUCAUUGCAAGUAUUUUGUAUUACAGUUGCUUUGCGGGUUGCAAUAUCUUCAUUCAGCGAAUAUUCUUCACCGGGAUUUGAAGCCCGGGAACCUCCUCGUCAAUGCUAACUGUGAUCUGAAGAUAUGCGAUUUUGGGUUGGCACGAACUAGCAUGGGUCAUGACCAGUUCAUGACUGAGUAUGUUGUCACUCGCUGGUAUCGCGCACCAGAGCUUCUUCUCUGCUGUGACAACUAUGGGACUUCUAUUGAUGUAUGGUCGGUGGGCUGCAUCUUUGCUGAGAUUCUGGGUCGGCAGCCUAUCUUCCCGGGGACGGAGUGCUUCAACCAACUCAACUUAAUCAUGAACAUUCUCGGUUCUCCGAAGGAAGCUGAUAUCAAGUUCAUCGACAAUGCAAAAGCCAGAAAGUAUAUCAAGGGGAUGCCGUUUUCAAGAGGAAUAAACCUUUCACAUCUAUAUCCACACGCCGAACCUUUAGCUCUAGACUUAUUACAAAAGAUGCUUGUGUUUGAUCCAACUAAGAGAAUUACAGUUGACGAAGCACUUCAACAUCCAUACAUGUCGGGGCUAUACGACCCAAAAUUCAAUCCUCCAGCCAAUGUUCCCCUCACUCUCGACAUCGAAGAUUCACUCGAGGAGAACAAAAUCAGGGAAAUGAUGUUGAACGAGAUGCUCUAUUACCAUCCCGAAGCAGCAUAUUCUUGAGGUACGUAUAAUCCUAUUCGAAGACACGCUUCGUAACAUGAUCCGAUUGAUUCUCAUACUUUUUGGGAUGCUGGAAUCUGAUGUUACGAGUUCAUCAGCGUAGUUUCGACAGCUCUGAUUAGAAAUCUUAGCGUAUCGACACGAUUGUGGCCGUAUUUUCAACCUGUAAAUACAAGUAUGAAGAAGUUAUGGAUCCAGAAAAGGUAUGAACUAUUUUUGUACCAGUGAUGAAUGUGAUAUGUAUGAGAAGAAGCUUUUGUUUUGGGUUCAAAUAUA